GCUCCUCUGAAGGCAAACACCCAUUAUCAAGCUCCCACAGCCACCUGCUCUCCAGCAAUGCCUCCAGACUUUGACACCAGCAUGAAGUUCAAGUUCUCGAUCCUGGCGCUUCUUCUGGAAGUGAUUGUCAUUGUUUUGUUUGGGAUAUUUGUGGAUUAUGGCUCAAAUCUUUCUACAAAUUUAUACCCACACUUUCAGGAUGUCCAUGUGAUGAUAUUUGUUGGAUUUGGUUUCCUGAUGACCUUUCUGAAGAAAUAUGGAUUCAGCAGUGUUGGUUUCAACAUGCUCAUUGCCGCCUUUGGUCUCCAGUGGGGAGUCCUGAUGCAAGGAUUUUGGCAUAUGGAAAGAGGGAAAAUUCCUAUUAACAUUGAAAGCAUGAUAAAUGCAGACUUCAGCACAGCAACUGCUUUGAUUUCAUUUGGAGCACUCCUGGGGAAAACAAGUCCCAUUCAGAUGCUGAUCCUGACUCUCCUGGAGAUCACUAUGUUUGCAUGCAAUGAACACCUAGUUACCAAAGUAUUCAAGGCCACAGAUGUUGGAGCUUCGAUGACUAUCCAUGCUUUUGGAGCUUAUUUUGGUUUGGCUGCAGCUUUGGUCUUGUACCGUCCUGGUCUGACAAACAAACAUGAAAAUGAUGAAUCCACCUAUCACUCAGACAUGUUUGCCAUGAUUGGUACCCUGUUCCUUUGGCUUUUUUGGCCCAGUUUUAACUCUGCCAUUGCAGAAGCCCAGAUAACAGCCAUUAUCAACACUUACUACUCCUUGGCUGCCUGCACCAUCGUAACAUUUGCCCUCUCCAGCUUGGUGGAUAAAAGAGGAAAAUUCAGUAUGGUUCUCAUUCAAAAUGCCACCCUGGCAGGAGGAGUAGCAGUGGGUACUUGUGCUGACCUGGAAAUCCACCCUUUUUCUGCCAUGUUCAUUGGGGUCAUUGCUGGAAUUGUCUCUGUCCUCGGGUUCCAGUUCCUGACUCCUGUGAUGGCAUCCAAGUGUAGAAUUCAAGACACUUGUGGAGUUCAUAACUUACAUGGUUUACCUGGAAUUCUGGGGGGUAUUGCUGGCAUCGUGGUGACUGCAAUAAAAAUGGAAACUAGGAAUGGUCACGUGCUUACUCCUGCCAUGCAGGCUGCUGCUCUGGGAAGUACACUUGCAAUUGCAAUUGUGGGAGGAGCACUCACAGGUGCUAUUCUAAAGAUCCCCUUCUUGGGACAAGUAUCUGACCAGAACUGCUUUGAUGACUCUGCUUAUUGGGAGGUUCCAGAGGAGGAGACAGUGCCUGAAAUUCACUCCAGCCACCGUGAUGAGCACAGCAGAUUUGAAGCUGCCAUGUAGAAAAAUAAUUAAUCUGCAGUAUUUGUCCUAAUGAUGCUCUUUUCUGUUUCCAGUGCUAAAAACCAAUGAAACAACAUCCAAGUAUUGUCCCAGCCACACCAGGUUUUCAAGAAAAGGCUGAAGAUAGCUAUAUUUUUAUGAAAGAAAACAAGCUUGAUUCUAGAGUACUUAGUCAUUACGCCAAGCUCAGGUGAAUAAAUUAGGUUCUUCUAAUAUAUUUGUUCAUCAGAAAAAGGCACCACAAAUUGCUCUUUAAAAUUACCUAUAUUUUAUCUUUUUUUGUGACUGACAACAAUAUAGCUGUUGUAAUAAAUUUUGGGUUUCAAAUUUAUUACAAUCCAAUAUAUUUGAUUGAGAGAUUUCUGAGGUACAUACUUCAACUGUAUAGGGGUAAUCAAAAAGAAAUUAAUUGAUAUUUUUUAUAUGGAUUUGAACAAACUUUUCACCAGAGUAUCCCAGCUUACAUUUUUGAGAAAGUGUGUUGUCCUGUUUGCUGAUGAAGGAGAAAACAUGCUGUAUUUUGAAGCUUGAUUAUGACAGGAAGCAAAAUGUUGAAAUAAUUCUUAUGGCAAAGCACAGAAGUGAUUGAUAAGGCAAUAUGAGUAUCAAGAUUCAUUGUUAAUAUGUUUAUUGAAAGGGAAAAGAAAGUGGAAUUGUAAAAAAUUCAUCAUUGUCAUAGAUCUAUUUAUUUAUUGUCAUAGAGUUAGUUAGUUUCAAGGACAUAAUAAGGGAACUGAGUAGGAGCUAUGAAAACCAAGUGAUUGCAUAAUAGGCCUUAUUCUAUUCAACAGUAAUAAGUGGAUUGUAGCAGUGUUAGUGGCAAGAAAUAUAACCUGAACUAAUGCCAGCUCCAGAAAAACAUGAAUUGUUUGGAACUGACUGGAAAGAAAUUAUUUUCAACCUGCACAAGACUCGGCAGAGAACUUCCAUGGGGCGAGUCACUGACUCUGAAGUCACUUCCUCCUAAAAGAAAUGAAAGCAAAAAGAAGAAAACUGAAGCUAAAUGAAGGGAAAUUAACUUCAUUGGAGAAGUGAUGACAGAGGCUGCUCAGUCCAGAGACAAAAAUUGAGGUAGCUGAAGGAACUCUAUGAGGUGCCUUUGUGCAUGGGAUAAUCCAUUGAGAGACAAUGGAUGGGAAGUGGAACUCGAGCAGCAGGAACACAGUGCCUCAAUCCAUCAUUCAUGGAGAGCUACUGCUGAUCUCUGAAUGCCAGGGCAAAGAGGGUGAACUUUCAACCUUUUUUUUUAAUACUAGGAUCUUAUUUCAAGUCUUACUUAUCAGACUUAAGGGGAAAACUCCUCUCAUAUAAAAUAGCACGUACAUUUUAAUUUCUGCUGAUGUAUUUUUCCUUGAAAAUCUUUAGAAGGAUACUACGUAGGACUGUCCCAUAUGUUAUAUCUGCUGUAUACUGCUACAUAUGUCAGAUUUCUAUCCAUGAAUAAAAUACAUUUGUUGUAUCACA